UAACGUUAAAGAUAUCAACUCUGUUCUCGAAGUCACAGUUUUUGAUGAAGAUCCUGACUACAAAGUAGAGUUCUUGGGGAAAGUAGCCAUACCGUUGCUUUCUAUUAAUAAUGGUGUGCAAAAAUGGUAUUCUCUCAAGGAUAAAAAGUUAUCAGGACGGGCUAAAGGAAACAAUCCAAAAAUCUUAUUGGAAAUGCGGCUCAUCUGGAACCCGAUACGAGCGUUUAUCAGGACAUUAAAUCCAAAAGAGGAAAAAUAUAUGCAGCAAGAGGUUAAGUUCAAAAGACAGACACUUAUCAGAAAUGUAAUGAGGCUCAAACAGCUCGUCUUGUGGGCUAUCGAUAUUGGAAAAUACUUUGAGUACUGGGUUGAAUGGGAAUCGCCGAUUCACACCAUUCUCGUAUUAAUCGGAUUUGUGGUGGCUUGCCAAUUUUUCGAGCCGUAUAUGGCACCAAUCGCUUUAUUACUGGUCUUCCUCAAAUACUACAUAGUAUAUUCGUGGGGUACGUCUAAAUUAGUUGAUGACGAUGACGAACAACAAACCGAUGAAGAUGACCAACAAGACGAACAACAGGACGACCAAGAUGACGAAAAAGCAAAGGAAGAAAAAAAAUCUCUAAAAGAGCGAGUUGCUGCUGUGCAAGAAGUCACGCAACUAGUUCAAAACACAAUCGGAGACAUAGCUUCGUUUGGUGAAAAAAUUAAAAACCUUUUAAACUUUUCCGUGCCGUUCUUGUCGUACUUGGCCAUUGUGUUGCUGAUUGCAGUGACGACAGUAUUGUAUUAUAUUCCAAUAAGAUAUCUGAUUAUGGGUUGGGGCAUCAACAAAUUUACCAGAAAAAUACUUCGACCACAUACAAUUCCAAACAAUGAACUUCUAGAUUUGCUUUCUAGGGUACCCGACAACGAGGAGAAGAUAUGUUACAAAGAACUGACAACUACCGAUAAUGUGGACGGUGGUGAUAAAUCUAACAAGGAUUCAAGAAGAAAACAGAAGCUGUGAUUAUUUUUUACAAUUUUGCAAGGUAUUAAUUUUGGUUGUUCUUAGUAAUUAAAUAUAUGAUACACAUUAUUGCUAUUUUAUUAUCAUUAUUAUUAUUGCCUAUAUUGAUAAUAUGAAAACUUUUUAGUCUUAUUUCAUCAAUUUUAACUUAAUUCAUUCUUUUUUUUUAAAAUAACUGUGUUAUAUUUAAAUUUGUUAUUUUACUUAAAAAAUGGGCUUAUAUUUUAAACAUUAUUUGAAUAAGUUUUCCUUACUUCAUUCUUAUCUAUAUUUUUUAAAUUAUUCUGUAUUGUACAAAGUUUGAACUGUUUUU